AUGCCUUUGGUGGGGAAAGCAUGGCUCGUCCUGGUGGUAUUCCUUAGAAUCCUGGUCUUGCCGUUUGCUGGUUAUCCCCUCUUCCAGGAUGAGCAGGAAAGAUUUGUGUGUAACACCAUUCAGCCUGGUUGUGCCAACGUGUGCUACGACAUGUUUGCCCCUCUUUCCCUUGUCCGAUUCUGGCUGGUGCAGCUCACCACCCUUUGCCUUCCCUAUGCGAUGUUUGUCAUCUAUGUGAUCCACAAAGUGAGUUCUGGUCUACCUGCUGACAGCGGGACUUCCGAGUCCAUAAAUGCAGACUCCAUCUAUAAGAUCCAUCAAGAAUCGUUCAGGAAAGCAUCUCUUUGUAAGACUGUCGUGAAGGCUGAGAAAGGGCGGAUGCAGUGCUUCACAGGAGCCUACAUCUUGCAUCUGUUGCUGCAGAUAUUUGUAGAAGCUGGAUUUGGAGCUGCACAUUAUUACUUGUUUGGCUUCCACAUCCCCAAACGCUUCAUGUGUCAGCAGCCACCUUGCACAACAAUGGUGGACUGCUACAUCUCUAGGCCCACUGAGAAAACCAUCAUGCUGAACUUUAUGUUGGGGGCAGCCGCUUUGUCCUUGCUGCUAAACGUGUGCGACCUAAUCUGUGCCAUCAAGCGCUCCAUGAGGCAAAAAAGCAAAGGAGAGAUGCUAGUAGAGAGGAUGUACGCAGAGGAGCAGUAUUACUUGUCAGGGAACGGGAAUCAAGGUGUGGACACCAGUAUCCAGCCGACUCAAGAUGUGAUGGGACCGGGAGGGUUCCGCAAAAGAGGGACCAGAAACUCAAGUGGCAAUGAAGCUGCUUCCGUUCUUUUGGACGAUGACCCUCCACAACCUUCACCUCUUGCAGGAAUGCCUACAAUUGCUGGAAUGCCUGGUUCCAACAACAAUGACGACAGCAGCAGCUACCAACCCACCCAAGAAGAAGGGAUGGUAAAAGAGGGCAGUGAAGUGGCACUGUACCCCAGUGAGCCUUUGGGGACUCCUAGAUCCGUCCGAGUUAGCAAACGCAGUCGUCUCAAACCUCCACCACCUCCACGAAGGGACAAACUAGCUCCUCAAGGUGCAAUUGAUGUCUCGGGGGCAACAGCAGUGUGCACUAGAAGAGCAGGACAAUAUACUCUGGUAGAAAUUACCACCGGUGAGGACGUACCAACUUGCAAUGGAGAUGGACAAGAAAAGAGGUCGGAAUGGGUUUGA